UGCUCGCCCCCCGCCCCGUUCCUGCUGCUGCUCGUGCCCAGCGCCCCCCAGCACCGCCAGCGCCGCCUCGCCGUCCGCCGCACCUGGGGGGGCUCCUGGCCGGGACCCCCGGACGCUCCCCCCGCCCGCACCGUCUUCGUGCUGGGCACCCCGCAGGACCCCCAGAGCCAGCGGGAGCUGCUGGCCGAGUGGCGACAGCACGGCGACAUCCUGCAGGGCGACUUCGGCGACAGCUACGGCAACCUGAGCCGCAAGACGCUGCUGCUGCUGCGCUGGGGCCGCGCCUGCUGCGGGGGGGCCCCGUUCCUGCUCAAAGCCGACGACGACGCCUUCGUCAACGUGCCCGCUGUCGCGACAUACCUGGCGGCGUGGCGCGGCGCCCCGGCCCGCCUCUACCUGGGCCGCGUCCACUGGCGCGUGGCGCCCAACCGCGACCCCCGCAGCCGCCAUUACGUGGCCGAGUCGGCCUUCCCCAUGUCGCGAUACCCGCCCUACUGCAGCGGCACGGCCUACGUGCUGUCGCGACAGGCGGCGGGCGCGGUGCUGGGCGCGGCGCGGGCGGUGCCGCUGGCGCUGCCCGAGGACGUGUGGGUGGGGGUCUCGGCGCGGCGGGCGGGGUGGUGGGGGUGA